AUGUGGAAGUUCCCAGUUGGGAAGCCUCUGGGCCGCGGAGCCUUUGGUAAAGUGAUUCAAGCGUCUGCGUUUGGCAUCGAUGGUGCCAACAGCUGCAGGACUGUGGCUGUGAAGAUGCUCAAAGAGGGCGCUACAGCCAGCGAGCACAAGGCUCUGAUGUCUGAACUGAAGAUCCUCAACUACAUUGGUCACCACCUGAAUGUGGUCAAUCUACUGGGAGCCUGCACCAAGUCUGGAGGACCACUGAUGGUCAUCGUCGAGUACUGUCGCUAUGGAAAUCUCUCUUCCUUCCUGAAGAGCAAGCGAGACGUAUUCGUGCACAAUCAGUUUGCUGGAGGAAAAGCUGGACAGAGUUAUGUCAGCAGUGAUUCUGAGAGCCAGUGCAGCAGCAGCAGCAGCAGCACGACAGAGUUUGACCUCAACAACAAGGAGAAUGGCCUUGAUCCCACAUCUGUGUCUCCUUUAUAUGUGGAGGAUCUCAUCUCCUUCAGCUUCCAGGUGGCACGUGGAAUGGAGUAUCUGGCCUCUCGCAAGUGUAUCCACAGAGAUCUGGCAGCCAGGAAUGUCCUGCUCUCGGACAAUAAAGUGGUGAAGAUCUGUGACUUUGGUCUGGCCAGAGACAUCUACAAAGAUCCUGACUACGUCCGCAAGGGAGACGCCCGUCUCCCUCUGAAGUGGAUGUCUCCCGAGUCUAUUUUUGACAAAGUGUUCAGCACGCAGAGCGACGUGUGGUCCUAUGGCAUUCUGCUGUGGGAGAUCUUCUCUCUGGGAGCUUCCCCUUACCCUGGUCUUCACAUCGAUGAAGAGUUCUGCCACCGACUGAAGGAAGGAACGCGGAUGCGAGCGCCAGAGUACAGCACGCCUGACAUUUACAGCACGAUGCUGGCAUGUUGGGAGGCUGCUCCUUCAGAUCGACCCACCUUCACCAACCUGGUGGAGACACUGGGAGACCUGCUGCAGGCCAUGGUUCAACAGGACGGGAAACAUUACAUUCCUCUGGGAUCUUUCAUGGCUGGAGACACAAAUCACAGCGGUAAUCUGGAGGAAAAGCCACUCGCGGUCACAAACCUGAGUUACAUGAGAGGGAUGGCCACACUUCAGACUUUUGAGGAACUCCACUGUGAGGAGCCCGACAUGUCAGAAGAGCAGCAGCAGAGCGACAGUGGGAUGGUUUUACCAUCUGAGGAGCUGAACCACAUCAAGUGGAAUAACAACAACUACAACACUAAGAGCAGAAAACUCAGCAGGUUUUUCACCUUCAAGUGUCGCGACACCCAGGUGCCAUUCCCGCGCCACGACACGGUCGGCAUACGGGACAGCGAGCCGUCGUUUCCGCCUCGUGACUGGGAGUGCGACGGCGGCGGCUCCCCUCCUCCAGACUACAAUUCCGUCUUCCUCUACCCGUCCCUUUAGCGUUCCUUCCCUGGCCAAAUCUUUGACGAUAUAAAAACGCUGUUAUUUACUCACUUUAACUUUACACUGCAGUCCUCAUCUGCUACCUCAUUAUAAUACCUGCAGGUAUACAGUAAUACCUCCGUUAUCAUCCAAGCAUAGUCCCACACAAAGCUUUCCCAGGAGCUGAUUAACACGCGACAGUACAAUUUAUAAAUAAUGUAUUAAUCGAUUCACCACAAGAGCUUUAAGUAUUGGUACCUCAUGCGCUGAGCUUUGUGGAGAGGAACACUGCUGUAUGGAAUAACUGUUCCUCCUCCACAGCCACUAUAUGCUGGACUAAAGUUACAUAUUACCUUUAGCUUUUUACUGUGUUGAGAACGUAUACCUCUGUAUUUAUUUGAAUGCCGUAGUCGAGUUAUGAAGGAAGUCACCUGCUAAAUAACCGUUCAGAUGUCUGUUUAUUGGAAUCGAAUGGUUUGGAAAUACAUAUAUGCAUUUUGUUAAUUUCAGAAAUGGUGACCAAAAAAAAAAAAGAUUGAAGAUAAAACGCUACCUUGGUUGUAGUGGUGGUAAAUCCUAAUAAGAUGGAGUGUUAUUACACUUAUUAACUAUUUUUGAUGAGCAAAAAAGAAACCCUUUUCAUUUACACUAUAUGGACAAAAGUAUAUAGUUCACCCUUUAACACCAAGCGU